AUGACAACCCAAGAACCUACACCCCUCCCAGCACACCUGGACCCAAACACCUACCCAAGAACCUACACGGACACCACAAAAAACAUCCACCUAACCCUAACCUACGCGCCCCUAGACGCAACAACCCAACUAUCCCAAACCUCGUCCCCAGCAGCCGGCGCAAACAUUCUCUUCCUUGGAACAACACGCGACACCUUCGAAGGCCGCUCCGUUAGCCAACUCAGCUACACAGCCUACCCACCGCUAACGCUCAAGACACUAGCAGGGAUUGCGGAGGCGGCCGUUGAAACGCAUAAGCUGGUGGGCGUGAGUAUUGCGCAUCGGCUAGGGACUGUUCCUAUUGGCGAGUCUUCUAUUGCUAUUGCUGUUAGUUCGGGACAUCGGGGUGCGGCGUGGAGGGCUGGCGAGGAGGUUCUUGAGGCUUGCAAGGAGAAGGCGGAGAUUUGGAAGAGGGAGGAGUUUGUUGAUGGGGGGAUGGAGUGGAGGGCUAAUGCUGAGAGAGAUGGGGAGGGGAGGCUUUUGAAGGGGGAGGGGAUUUAG